AUGUCAUUUUCUUUCCAUCAUAAAAGAAAGCCGAACUCGAGUACCAAAAGAAAAUCGAACCGUGCUCGAGCACACAGAAAAGCGCACGGGGGGUUAAGGGGCGACAAAAACUAUGAGGAACUCAGCCUCGAACGAUCUGAAGAUAUAAAUAUUCUCCAAAGAUAUCGCUUGCGUCAAUACUGGGGCCAAGUCAGAAGAGACAAAACUGGCCCUCCUUUUAUCUCGCAUAAGCUUCUCUUUGUAGAGGAAGACCUCCGCGAAGUUGUCCAAGAAGAGAUAUCUAUUAAAGAGGGUUCUGCCUUGAGCAAGGAUGCUAAAGAAAGACUUAAUGUUUUAAAUGCUAAAUACUGGCUCUUGGAGCAAAUGUGGUGGCAUUAUCAUUCCUGUCUAGAAGCUGCGUAUCAGCUAAGAGCGUUCGACCUAUGGCGUUCACAUCCUCAAUGGUAUAUGCACUACGUGCUUAUUGAAGAUUGUGCUAGUCGACGUGGGUGCUGUGCUCGUGGAUGUGGUUGCUGUCUUAACCGCAAGAUCGAUCCUAGGCGUAGGCUUGGGGUUGGACAUUGUACCGUUGAAUGUGGAUGUUGUCGGAGAGCUCGAGGCUUUGACGUUCCUAAAGAUGAUAAGAAAUUAUUAAAAGAACAGUGCCGUGAAGAACUAAGCAGCCUUCAUAAGCACCGGAUCAUACGAGUCGCAAUAUGGGGGUUUGUCGGUGAUAGUUAUGAGAGCCCGUUUGAUAUGAUUGAUGUGCCACCGAGUUAUAACGCAAAGGAGGAGGCUGCAAAAAAGAAGGAUAAAACUAGAUGA